GUUAGAUAUUAUUAGCUUCUACCAGCACUAACAGAGGCCGCCUUUCCGCCUCUAGGGGCAGACAGUUAACUGCUACUAGCUGUUAACAAGAAUUUACCUUUAAUAGGAAGCACAGAUAGACCAGUGGAGAAAAGGAAAGGAAAGCAAUGCUUGUUAACGAUACACCAGUUGGUGUAUUAAAUAAUUUUUGUUUAGGCUUGGUACGACCCCGACCUAAUAUCCACGUAUUAGACAAUGUACUAAUUGUCUAAUAGGUAGAUAUUAGGUCGGGUAGCCUAACCAACAAAACAUGGGGUGGGUGUAGUAAAAAAAAAGAAAAAAAAUAGAAAAAUAAUCAAGGCACAUAAGGUCGUGGUCUAAAAUAAGCUACACUCACGGCGGGGUGUUAGGCCUACAGGUGGCCCUCCCUUACAAAAUUGACACAACCCCCACGCCCACCCCAUCCCUUUUUGUCCUUCUUCUUCUUCUUCUUCUUUUUGUUUUUUGUUUUGCUAUCAAGUUUAUUUUCUUGUAAAAUAUGUUCCUACUGAACUAAAAGAACAAAUUUUCGGGGUUGGUCGAGUGAUUCCUCGGCUCUGAAGGGUGCAUGUGUCACUGUCCGCCGUUUACGUGCGUACGCUUUUAAUUAAAUAUUGCUUUAUAUGGAGAAUAAUGGUUAAAACGUUUUUAAAAUAAAUAUUUUUGGCAAUGUUUAUUUUAAUUCAUUCGUCUUAGUGGCAGGCUCUGUAGCCUGUUAUUUCCUUGUCACAUUGUAAUAGUUACUCAGAAACCAGAUGGUGGAUGAAGACCUUUAGCGGCUGAAAAUCUAAAGUCACGUGCCUCGGUUUCCAGGACGUUUCCGUAGAGAUAGUAGCGCGAAGAUUCCUUUGAACAUGUUGAAAAGAAUGAGAGAAGAUCUGACAUCCGUCCAGGUGGACAUUUGGAAAAAGCUUGGCUUGCUGGUGUUAAGAUGGCAGGGUGUAAGGAGAUUGCAUCUGUUGCCAGUCAAACCGGUUUAACUGAGGAAAAAGUUAAGGUGUGGAUUGGAAAUCGGCGGGCAAAAGACAGACAUGCAGGUGUCUGUGGACCAAAGAAGGUUGCCUACACAUAUGGACCAAAUGCGUAUUCAUAUUUUUGUGGGACAAUCCCAAGAGGUGACUUAUCCAAACAAAUGUAUUUUAAACUGUGUGCCAGUGAGUGGAAAAAACUUUCUGAAGAAGACCGGGCACAGUUUAAAAUACAGGCAGAAAAGGUCCGCCAAGACCCCAAUAAAGGGUGUGACAGGAAGUUGCUUUAUAAGAAGCACAUGUCCAUCAUAAAUAAAUCGGUAAGUGUGAUAUCUUACAGUCUUCAGGUUUCCAUGUUAGUGGCUUCAGCCUGGAUGCUGAAAACCCUGAUGUACCAGUACUAUUUGGAACACAAAAAGGAAUGAAGUGGCUUGCAUCCAAGAAUGCUGAAAUUGUCACUAAUAUUUUAGGUGAUUUAUUUUUUAUCUCACACCUAACAACAGUAUUGGAAAUCCAAUCUAAUUAAAAUUAGCUCCACUGAUUAAUUACCUGUGGAUCUAACAGUACCCCAUUGGAGCUCAUAUCCAGUUGA